GCUCCCUUUUCUACACUUUGCUUGCUCCCAAUUCCGUCUACUUUCAAACUUAUCGAAAUUGGUCCACUUCUCGAUCCGCGCACUGAUGGCCUUGAGCUUCAAGGAUUGAUUAAUUUGUUAGGGACGGAGAGUUUCGGAUUAGGAUUCUAAUGAGAGUUUUUUCGCCGAAAACAGUGCCGCAUAACCUGAAUUAGGUUGUAAUGUGUUGCGAUGAUUGUGAGGCGUGUUAUGGUCUCUAGUGUUUGCUGCGUUUUGGCUUGCCGUUGAGGUUUUUAGUAUUUCUGAGAAGGGGCUACUCGCACCCGAAUUGGAAUGCAUAAAUGCAAGCUUUUGCGCAGUUUUGUCCCGCUCAGUGGCGUUUCUGGUGAUUUUGUAGGGUCUUGAGGUUUUUAUGUGUGUUGUGUAGUGGUGUUGUUAGACGUUGCUCACAGUUAUGAUUUUAAUGUUCUGAAAAAGCAUCGGAAAUUUGAAGUUUCUGCCACAGUUCGACUGGUCGGGUAGGUAGCAGUACCUGUGUGAGAUUUUUGUUUGUCAGUGGAGGAAGGUUUUGAAGGAGAUCCAAAGAUCAUUGCUGGAGGAACUGUUCCUUCAGAGUUUCAACCGGUGAGCUAAGUUUCUAUGUGUUGUUCGGUCCGGUACGGCUUAUAGUUAUGCCCAUUGGGGGAAAUUAUGAGAAUUCCAAAGGGAUCCUUGUGAUAAUCUUUGCUUUAGGGUUUUUCGAGUUAUUGACUUUUUAAUUAGUAUAGGUUCUUCAUUAUCAUUAUCAAAAUAUGGUAUUCGUUACAAGAAAAGUCUUCUCUGAUAAUCACUGGUCAUUACGGCCGUUGCAAUUUGUCAGGUUAGGGUUCGGACGAAGUUACAGCAAUUAGAACCACUUGAAUAAGAAUUUCACUACAUCUUUUAGUAGUAUUUUGCUUCAAAUUAUGGCUUUUUUUUUCCCUUUGCUUCUAUGCUAGAAAUUUACACAUCUGUAACCUGUUUCGGUUCUUUUAAGGGCAUUGCUGCAAUGGUGCGGGUUACAAUUUCCGAUUGUAUCUGGCGGACUUUCAUAUUACAAUUUUUUUAAGCCACUUCUGUUCUCUUUAAGAUAUAGUGGGAGCAGUAAGCAAGCCUCGAUCGAUUACUGAAACUUGGUCGAGGUGAUGACCGAUAGGCAUUCAGUCACUUAAGCACUCUUCCACUUCAAAAUCACAACCUGUUCGGGGAGGGAUGGCCUUCAAUGAAAAUCCACUAUCGCUGAGCCUCUCUGAGACAGCAUUCGAGGCUUGGCUACGCGACAAUGGGCACUUGGAAACAAUCGACCGAACAGGAUUGGACCAUCAUCUACGAUUUCCGACACAGAGUUCUUUCAAGGAGCUCUCGAAGGCUGUGAAGUCUAAUCCAUUUAUGACUUUAACACUCGACGAUUUGCUGAAGAAACCAGUUCCAUGGACGGGUGAGUUUUUUGAUUGCGGAUUUGGUCCAGGAGAAACAUACUCAUGGCCUAGGAGUAUUGCUCAAGCGAAGCUACGAAUGGAUGAAAACAUAAGGAGAUACACCGGAAACUAUGUAAUUCUUGUCGCUGUUGUCUACUUCAUUCUCUUGUAUCAAAUGCCGCUGGCACUAGUGGGUAUUAUAGCGCUGAUUCUGGUUUGGGACUCUCUGAGGAGAGCAGGUGAUGAAUGGGGCCUCGAUAGGAAUGGUUAUGGUUACCGAACACUUGCCUUCGUGGGAAAUGGAGUGACUCUUGUGUUAAUGGUGUAUUGCAAAAUAGCACUGGCGCUAUUUUGGGCUGGAAUUGUCAGCCUGUUAGUUGUUGUCGUGCAUAGCUGCUUGAGGAGGAUAACUCAACCCAAAGUUGCCAAGUAUCCUGCUACCAAUGUGAUUGGACACCCUGCUCGGUCAUCAGGUGAAAAGCCUCGUCGGUCGUCUACAGAAAGUAAGGAAUCAACAGAACCACAAGCGAAGUCUCAUCGAUCAUCUUCAGACACCAAACGAUCAGCGGACGCAUCAGUGAAGUCUGGACAGCAGUCUGCACAGAGCAAACAAGUACCAGGACUACCAGUGAAGGUAGUAAAGCUGAAACAAUAGAAUUGAGGUUCAUGUUUGUUGCCAGGCUCUCAACCGUGCAGGACAGAGCCUUGUAGAUUUACAUGUAUUAUAUGCUCAUGAAUAUUGUCUCUAGGUACACUGGAUUUCUGGGUAUUUUGCUGUGGGUAGUCAAUGAGAACCACGACUUAAAGCCGUGUGGUGUAUAGGCGGUGGAGAUUGUAGGUCGUACUAGGACUUUUACUUCAAAUAGAUCUGGAUGUCUAGUGAUAAAGCCCCACGGUGAUUGUGUUAAUGACCGAAGGGCAAUUCCACCUGUGCUGUGCGGAGUGCUUGAACGGGGUGAAGACAUGGUGCUCUUGGCGUAAGCAUGUCGAUUUUAAGUUAGAUUUGUUUAUUCUCUUGUCAGGUACCAGUUGCAAAUUUUCGCAGGCUAGUGAUACUGAUGCGGGGAGUUUUUUAUUAUCAAGCAUCUAAAUGAUAGUGUUGGAUUAAAACUUUGGUAUAUGGUUUGUGUGAUGAGAUAGUUUGUCCUGACAGUACAUUACGCUCUUGCAUAAGAAACGUUCUUUUGUGCUUAGGUUGUUCUUGUAGAUGGCCCUGUUCACUAUGUUACAUUAAAACGCUUAAUGGAGCUAAUCACAGUGCUGCUACGGAUUGCACAUCAUGCAGUGUCACAUCCUGCCGCAAAAGUGGUUGUCGUUUA